AAAGCGAGAAGCAGUUAUAAGAGCAGCUUGACACUGAAGACAUGAAUAGAGCUUGAAGACUGCACCAUGCAUAGCUGGACAUUAUUAUUAUUAUUAUUGGAAUUAGGUCUCUACUCGUCACCUCCUGUAGCACUUAGGAAUGGCUUCGGUAAUACAGUAAGUGCAUGGCCAUACUUCCAUUCUACCACUAUGUUCCUUAUCUUGUUCUGAUGCAUCUUGAGUGAGCUGGCCAAUUGUCUCAGCAGAGGUUGUCAGCAGCAGCAGCACCACUACUCUCUGCGAACAGGUUGCCUCUCUAUCGAGGUGCAGAGAUGCUCCGAGAAGUGUCCAUUUAGCUGAAAUGUUGGGAACUAAGCUUUGGUUUUUCUUGAAUAUUCACACAGCAUAGAAGAAGCCAGGUGAAAUUCUCGGGAGCCCAAAAAGCUAAAGCCGGUGGGGUUUAUUGAAUGAAGUCUUUGGAGCAUCACCUGCAGACACUUCCCAAAUCCUACUGCAUAGUGUGAAUUGGAGUUACCCGGAAAUCAUGACACAACAGAUGCAAAAUUUACAGCUAACACAAUCCAAAAAGAUCAGCGCCCCCUCUUCGCCCAAUGCAGCCAAACGCCUAUAUCGAAAUCUCUCUGAAAAAAUAAAGGGCAGCCACUCAUCGUUCGAUGAAGCAUAUUUCAGAGCGAGAGCUGACCGUUUCCGGAAACCGUCUAUAAACUUCCAGUGCAAUGAAGCCAUCUUCGAGGCAGUUGAGCAGCAGGACCUGGAGGCUGUCCAGAUUCUUCUUUAUCAGUACACAGCUGAAGACCUGGACCUUAAUACACCUAACAGUGAAGGCCUAACACCCUUGGAUAUUGCCAUCAUGACAAACAAUGUGCCCAUUGCAAGGACUCUUCUUAAAGCUGGAGCAAAGGAAAGCCCACACUUUGUCAGUCUGGAAACUAGAUCCCUGCACCUGAAUUCUCUAGUGGAAGAAGCCCAGCUGAGGAUGAGCGAAUUGUCUGCAAAAAUACAAAACGAAGGAUUGGGAAUAGACAGCACCGACAAAGAGAAGCAGCUGAAAUCCUGGGAGUGGAGAUAUCGUCUGUAUAAAAGAAUGAAGACUGGUUAUGAAUAUGCACGAGCCCCCGAGGUGCCGACCAAUGUCUGCCUCAUGAUAACAAGCAGCACAUCACUCACUGUCACCUUCCAGGAGCCUCUGAGCGUCAAUUCAGCUGUUGUCACCAAAUACAAAGUUGAAUGGAGCACCUCAUCUGACUUCUGUCCAUUGGCUGGUGAAGUUAUUGUGGAUAAUCUGCAGUCUUUGAAGUACACAAUUACAGGCCUCACCAUGGGCAUAGAAUAUUAUGCUAGAGUUUCUGCCUACAACAUGAAGGGAUGGAGUUCAGCGGAAAUUUCAAGCCCCCUUUGUGCUUCUCCUUCCAACUGGAAAGACUACGAUGGACGAGAGCUACGGCACAAGGGACAGAUUGAGGCAUUGGAGCGUCUACUCCAGCAGGUCCGGGCUGUUCAUCAGCAUUACAGCUGUCGAGAAAGUGCGAAAUUACAAAAUCCCAGUCGCAAACAGUCUGUGUCCAGAAGUUUGAAGCAUCUUUUCCAUUCAUCAAAUAAAUUCGUCAAGACGUUAAAAAGGGGCUUGUACAUAGCUGUGAUAUUUUAUUACAAAGAUAACAUGUUAGUAACAAACGAAGAUCAUAUUCCAAUUGUAGAAAUUGAUGAUUCUUGCACCAGUUCAAUUAUGCAGGAUUUCCUCUGGUUUACAAAGUUGACAUGCAUGUGGGAUGACAUUAGGUGGCUACGUCAGAGUAUGUCAAUAUCUAUGUCUUCUUCCACCGCCCUGCAGGCUAGACAGAAGAUGUUGGCAGCAGCCGCCCAACUUCAGAAUUUGCUUGGCACCCACAACUUAGGACGGGUAUAUUAUGAGCCCAUAAAGGAUAGACAUGGCAAUGUCUUAAUAGUCACAAUUCGGGAAGUUGAAACAUUGUAUUCCUUUUUUAAUGGCAAAUGGAUGCAAAUUUCUAAGUUGCAAAGCCAGAGGAAAUCCCUAUCGACUCCUGAGGAACCAACAGCACUGGAUAUCCUGCUCAUAACAAUCCAGGACAUAUUGAAUUACCAGAAGCGGAGCCAACAGCGCCUUUCCCCUGGACUGUACCUUGGCUUCCUGAAGCUCUGCAGCUCCGUAGAUCAAAUUAAGGUUCUGGUCUCCCAGAGACUUCCCAAUAUGUUGUGCCAUGUCAAGAUAAGGGACAACAGCAAUAUUUCCAAAGAUGAAUGGGAAUGGAUACAGAAUCUUUCCAUGUCAGAGUCUUUGGAAAAUACAGAGCUCUCUCUGGACGCACAUACUCACCUGUUUCUGUGCGAUCUCCAGGUGGCAGUAAAAGCUCUUCUGAAACAAAUCAAUCUACCUCUUCAUCAGGCCAAGCACUUCCGUCUGUAUACACAAGAGGUGUUGGAGCUGGGUCACAAUAUCUCCUUUCUUCUUCUGCUCCCUGCCUCAGACGAUGUCUGCAGUGCCCCAGGACAGAGUAAUCCUUACACCCUACACUCAGGAUUCCUUAACCUCCCCCUUCAAAUGUUUGAGCUAGUUCACUUUUGCUGCUACAAAGAGAAGUUCAUCAACCUGUAUUGCCGCCUGUCUGCAAUAGUCGAGCUGGACUCCUUAAUUUCCCAGCAGUCUUUGCGAGAAGCAAUUACAGAUGAAGAAGUCGGAGCUGCAAAGCAGAGACACCAGCAAGUCUUAGAUUAUAUCCAGCAAACCGAUGAAAUUUGGCGUGAAAUGAGAUGGAUCAUGGACGCCCUUCAGUAUGCCAGAUAUAAACAACCAGUGGCUGGAUUGCCUAUCACAAGAUUUCUAGACCUCUCAGAGGAACAGAAUCAGAAGAAGAACAAUUCUACAUCCUCUCACCUAGACUGUCUACCUUCCCCAUCUCCAUCACCAGAACUGCACCGGAGGAAGACUACAAGUGAUUCUCAGACAUGCUCCGAUGAAGAAGGCUGCUCCGAGGUGUUCCUCCCUACAGACAGUGACUAUGAUUCCAGUGAUGCCCUGAGUCCUCGUGAACUAGACUUGGUUUACUCAUCUUCACAGGACAUCUCUCAGCAAGCUGUUUCUGGCCUCAGCGGGAGCGCACCUGAUGUUCUCCAGGUUCAUGAUAUGAAGCCUUGUCUGACUUUGAAAGAAGAAUGCAGUGCUUUAGACCCCAAUACUGAGUUAUGCACUAGAUAUAUGGAAAACCUCUCAGUCGUGGGCUUUCCAUCAAAAACCACAGAAAAAACAUCCAACUCCAAGCAGCAUUUAAGCCUUUUAGGUAAGAAAAGGUCUGGGAAACGUCAGCAUUGCAGCUACUUUAGUCGUCAUCACCGCUGGCUUCGGGUGCACAGUGAAUCUCAGUCCCUAUCUCUCUCUGAAGGUAUUUACACACAGCACAAGUCAAGAGCUGUAGAUUUCAGUGAAGAGCCCACCAUUGGUCAACAUAUCACAAUACCGGCGGACAGCCCUAGAAGCACUUUCUUACCUCAUACUGCAAGUUUGCCAGAAGAUAGUAAAUCCAAGUACGGUGAGUCAAAAACAAAUGUACGCAGGAUUUACGUAGAGCCUUACAAACAGAGCUUAUCUGAAGAGGAAAGUAAAACGUGGACCUUGAAUAUAGAGGGUUCUCAUUCUCCAGCCCAGGAGCCCUCCUUGCAGGUUAUCGCUGCUCCAACGUUGGACCCUGAUGAGAAGAGCAGCUUGCAGUUAGCGGAGGUGUUCAGCAGCACAUUGUAAUGUCAAAGAGACAAACUGUAGCAAAACUUAGGGAACAUUUAUUCAAAUUUUAUGGAUCUUUCUACAUUUUACAAGACCAUCUUUCAUCUUGCUGCUCUUCAACUGCACCUUCAUGGAUUGAUAUUAUUGUGUUUUGUGUUAGUAACUUUAUAUAGAGAAAAUUAUUUUUAAAUGUUUGAUGCACAGGAUGAGGUGUGUGUGAAACGUUAGGUAGUUUAUGUAAUGCUAUUUAACAUUUUUAUAUAAUCCGGAAUGAAGAUGUUUAUGUCUUCUCCUUACAUAUAGCUCAAAAUCAACCCUCAAAAAUACAGUCAACCCCUUCCAGGGCUGAUUGGGAUUCUGUAGUCUGCCAUUAGGCAACUAGAAGAAACCCUUUUGGAUCAGGUUAUAAUCAAAGCACUCACCCCUUCUACUACAGCAGAGGCAGAAUAAUAAGGACAUGCACCCCCUAUGUUAAAAUAGUUAUUGGGGAGUUAAAGGGGUACUCCGCCACUAGACAUCUUAUCGAUUAUCCAAAGGAUAGGGGAUAAGAGGUCUGAUCUCGUCUACGGCUCCCCAGACGUGCGGUGCACGGAGCAAACUUUGCUCUGUGCCGGAUGACUGGCGAUGUGGGGCCGAUGCUCGUGACGUCACAGUCAUGCCCCGCUCGUGAUGUUACAGCCAUGCCCCCUCAAUUCAAGUCUAUGUGAGGGGACAUGACGGCCGUCACGCCCCCUCCCGUAGACUUGCAUUGAGGGGGCGUGGUCGUGAUGUCACGAGCCUCCAGCGCUGUACCCAACAUUCUAAACAAACAAAGGGUGCAGCAGGGAGAUCACGGGGGUCCCCAGUGGCUGGACCCACGUGAUCAGACAUCUUAUCCCCCUUUAAAGGGGUUUACCGGUUAAAAAAAUCAUCUUCAAUACCCUACUAAAAAAAACUCUGAAUUAAUAUAGUAGUAUCCUUCCUUCAGAAACCUCAUGUUUUAGCUAGAAAAGAGAGUGGUUACAAAGAGAAUAUUUGACUGUGAAGAACCCUGUACAUCCAUGCAUUACAUUGAUCAUCAAUUAAUUUCUUUAGGUAGAGUAUAAAACUUUAUUUCAACUGUGGUGGUGAUGCAGUAAAAUUGAACAGUUGCAAUUGGAUUUCCCCACAUGGAACAACUGAUUGUUGAGAGUCCUAGCAAUGGUACACUCUCAAACUUGGGCUACAGUUAGGUGACCAAAAAUCAGCAUGUCGCAGUGCACUGCUUGCACUGUGUUAGGGCAAAUGUAACUAAAUAAGAUAGCAUUGCAACCCAUAAGUGGCCAGGACCUUAAAGGAGUUAUCCGCCAUAAGGUGACUUUAGUACUUACCUGUCAGACAGUAAUGGACAUGCUUAAGAAGUGCUUGUCUUGGGGCUAAAUGGCUGUGUUGUGAGUCCACUAUAACGCUACGGCUUUCUUUUUGUGAAAUGGCUAUUUCCUGUUGGAGUUUUCUCCCUCCAACUACAAUUCCCAGGAUCCCUUGUUUGUAAGUGUGAGGUCACUUUUCUCCAACCCACACAUCAGUCACCCCACCCAUUGAAGCAGACCUGAGCUAUGUUUGCUGUUUAUGAAACUACAAUUCCCUGCAGCCUUGUGGAGAAUGAUCAGCCACCCAGCGGUCACUCCACCCAUUGAAACUGACAACUAGUGAUGUAAUGUCUCAGGCCGCACUGCAACCUGGGAAAACCUGAGACAACACUCAUUUUUAUGCUGUUAAAAAUAAACAUCGGGUCAAAGAUCACAUAAGAAUUAAGAGACCAGCCGCCAAACACAAGUACAGACACUAUAUUGUGCGCUACAAUAUUUUUUACUGCCUCUGCAGCAUAGUCAAAUAAAAAUAAAUUCUGGAAUGCCCCUUUAAUUCAACUGUCGCAAAAAAUCCAUCUCAAGUUAAUUUCUUACAACUCUACAGUCAGGUUACAUGAGGAUUGCAACAUGAUCCCAUCCAGUUACAUUACACCAAUUAUCGGUGUGUCACAUUGCAGGGAUUGCGCUGUGUCAGGCUAAAUGUAACUAAAUGGGGUAAGAUUAUGACCCAUAAUUGGUCUGGACCCCAACUUGACAAUUGCAAAAAAAAUAAAAUCUCAGAUGGAUUUCUUAAAGCUUUUGGGUCAUGGUCACGCUAUUUGCGGGUUGCAACGUGAUCCCAUUCACAAUCACUACACUGUGACCCAGUGACUUUUGGCCAUGCCAACCCUGUCAUUGCCAAAAUCUCCAAAUAGAUUCAGCCUUCAGAAAAAAAAACUUUAAAUAAAGUAGGAACAAAUGUAUAAAUAUUGAAACCCUGUAGAAGUAGCCGAAUCAGAAAAUGGAAAGUGACAGAUUGUCUUAAACAAUAGGUCAUUUUCUAAUGAUAUAGGGGGAGAUUUAUCAAAACCUGUCCAAGAGAAACGUUGCUGAGUUGCCCAUAGCAACCAGAUCGCUUCUUUCAUUUUAAAAAAGGCCUCUGAAAAAUGAAAGAAGCGAUCUGAUUGGUUGCUAUGGGCAACGCAGCAACUUUUCCUCUGGACAGGUCUUUAUAAAUCUCCCCCAUAUUCCUUUAAAGAUAAAGUUUUUUUUAUGUUAAACACAUUGUUAAAGAAUUUUUGGUGAUUUUUUUCUAAUUUUCUACUUUACUAUCUAUAUUUUAAAAUAAUCCUUAGUUUAUCCUAAGUCUUGCAGUUUGCAUUUUGGCCACUAGACCUAAAACUAAGCCGAGACUUCCUGUUCUGUACAGAUUAUUUCCCAUCAGUGUUCUCCUUAUCAACACAGACAAACGCACAGUGAAAGGUGACACUGUAGGACUGGAUCCACCACCAUUCACAACAGAGAUCAGCCUCCCCCUCCCUGUAGAAUGACCUCUGAAAAGGUCAUAGAGAAUGCCCAGCAAUGUUAUCUAAUCAUCUGAAUGGGACAGCUCCUGUCAAUUGUUGUAUAUAGUCGUGGGUCAUACUGUAAAGUAUAUAACUAAAUAUUGUUAAAAACAGCUCAGACAAGAUAUCCCCAUAAUAAUGUAAAAAUAUUAAUCAGAAAAUAGAAACGGAUUAGAAAAAAAAGAACAUGUUUUAGUAUAGAAUUUUAUUUUAUACUCCUUUAUCUUGGUCGGUGGGGUAUGGCCCUUUAACCACGUAUACCUCAGAUCUUUGGUUGUGAGCUGCACACAUCCCUUGUUUUCAUAUUUUAGUAUAGCUCUCAUUUCAGGGGGGAAAAAUCUAGGGGACACAUUCCCUUUAAAGGGGUACUCCGGUGCUUCAGUGUACUGAACAUUUUGUUCAGAAGGCUCGGAGGCCAUGAUGUUACA